AUGACGCUCCUUAUGUAUCGUGGGUCGGGGAGGAAGAGGAACCGGGCACUCGAUAAGAGGGACACGUUCAACUUUGAGGAACUGGAGAAGAAGGCGAAAGACACGAAGAAGUGGAUUCAUCCCAACCUUCGAUUCGAAGAGAUAGUGAAGAAUAAGACGCCCCAGCCUUGUUCACUCAACGACUUCAUGGAUUACUUGGUGUACGUUGAGUAUGAAGCCGAGACUCUUCAGUUCUUCCUCUGGUAUUGCGACUAUAUCAAGCGAUGGAUGGAACUCUCGCCCAAGCAAAAGUCCAUGGCGCCUAAGUGGGACCCCGAAAACAAGCGUCCUGUCACUUCCCAUAGCCGUAAUGGUAGCCUCAGAGAGAAGGCAAAGAUGGGCACCAUCCUCGACAUCCUGGAUGGAGAGGAGCAGCAAAGCACCGGGGAAGUCUCCAACCUCAAAAUCAGUGCCCAGCCUUACCGUCAUGAAGUGAAUGAGAUCCUUCGCCACUACAUCAUGUCUGGCUCUCCACGACAGCUCCAGCUGUCUGCGGCGGACAGGGCGGCCUGCGUGCACGCAGCUGAGCACACAACCCACCCAUCAGCCCUCCUUCCGGCCUUCAUCAGCGCCGAAGCCGUGCUUCGCGGGGAGCUACAUCCCAACUUCAUCCACUGGAGCAUCAGCAAUUCCAACAGGGCCCUCAUGUUUCUCAUUCGAGGAGCCAACACAUUCAUGCUUUUGCAGCCCUGGCCCUCGACGUCGUCUUCAUCGUCAUGGACUGGCCUCGGCUCUGGCGCCUCAUCACCGGUCCGCUGUGGGUCAUGGCGCUCUGUAGCCUCAUCGCGUCGGCCAGCGGCAUGUGCAUGUUUUUGCACUUCAAGAAUAGGAAGCAGCUGCGCCUGGGAGCAGCCCUCGGACAUUGAGACGGAGAGUUUUCGGAAAUCCAAGAGACAUUUGCGAAAGAACACGGCCGACUCGGUCAUGAGCUUCGUGGAUCCCCUGCGCAAGGCGUCUCUGCAAUCUCUAGGAGGCAAGAACGACUUUUCGGACGAGGAGUGGGUGAGCAAGUACGAGAACAAGUCGGUAUUUGCUCGGAUUACAGAUUCCACCGUGCCUAUACAGAACCGUCAUGUCAUCGUCUUGCAGGAUGGUGUUAUUGCGGGCUCUAUGCUCUGGGGAACCCUUCUCGGCGUUGGCAUCACCGUGGGCCUUAUUUUUGUGCCCUCUAUCCCCGACAUGUUUAGGUGA